UCAUGAACCCAAACAACGUUGUUGGGUUCUGUAAUUUCCGACGGCCCCUAACAUACACACCAGCGGAGUCUCAUCCAGCAGCACAAGUGUUCCUCCGGACCUCCUCCUCUUCUUAACCGGGUAUCCGCCACCUUCAGCCGGCCAUGGCGCACCGGAGCUUCUUCGUGGGGGGAAACUGGAAGAUGAACGGCAGCAAGGAGAGUCUGGAUCAGCUGAUCGGCACCCUGAACACCGCCAGCCUGCACGACCAGACCGAGGUGGUGUGUGCUGCGCCCUCCAUCUACCUGGACUUCACCCGGUCCAGUCUGGAUCCCAGGAUCGGCGUCGCAGCCCAGAACUGCUACAAGGUGGCCAAGGGGGCGUUUACGGGGGAGAUCAGUCCGGCCAUGAUUAAGGACUGCGGGGCAGACUGGGUGAUACUGGGACACUCUGAGCGCCGUCACGUGUUUGGGGAAAGUGACGAGCUGAUUGGUCAGAAGGUGGCUCACGCUCUGGAGAGUGACCUGGCCGUGAUCGCCUGCGUCGGGGAGACGCUGGAGGAGCGUGAGGCCGGCACCACAGAAGAAGUCGUCUACGCUCAGACGCAGGUCAUUGCAGAGAACGUGAAGGACUGGGGGAAGGUGGUCCUGGCGUAUGAACCUGUGUGGGCCAUCGGCACAGGCAAAACAGCUUCACCUGAACAGGCUCAGGAGGUCCAUGAGAAGUUGAGGGUGGCUCCGAGCCACGUCUCUGACGACGUCGCUGACUCCGUGCGGAUCAUCUACGGAGGUUCGGUAACGGCAGCUAACUGCAGAGAGCUGGCGUCUCAGGGCGACGUGGACGGCUUCCUGGUGGGGGGGGCGUCUCUGAAACCAGAGUUUGUCGACAUCAUCAACGCCCGUGCAUAAAGGGAGACGGGAGACACGUCCCUUUACAUCGUCCCCGUGUGUCCUCACACUGGGCCGGCGGAGCCCCAGAGAGACGCGGGUCCGGUUACAGCUUUAGUUUUAUUAGCUGAGUAUGUGCUGGUUGAGGAGAUGAAUGAACUCAAAGUUAAUAUCUGUACUUUUCUGUCAUUUGUGGGAUUUUAGUUAUUUUUGUCACAUUACAGUAUUGAGUCAAACUACUGCGUAUUUAAAUUACUGUUGGGCUACAGUCAAUCAGAUGUCUUUCAACUCGAUUGGCAGCCUUUUUUUUCCAAAUGUUUUUCUUCCUGUUUCACUUUUUUUCAUUCGAGAGGUUGAAGUGGCGCAAACAAGAAACCGGAAAUCAAGAUUUGAUGCAAACAAUUCACUGAUUCUCUCAUCUCAGCCGUUAAUUUAAAGGGAAAUGGCAGAUAUUAUUUCCAGCAGAGGAGCAGUCAGACCCCCCCCCCCCCCCCCCCCCCCCCCCCCCACACACACACACACACACACACACCCACACACACACACACACACACACACAUACACUUUAUGUCCUGAUAUAUUGUUGUCCUGUUGUAUUGUACUAAUGUACUGAUGCUUUCUCUCUGUCACCUAAAUGCACUAAAUGUUACUUCAGGGCCCUUCACAAUAAAGCUUUUGACAGAAU